AUGAGAACUUAUCAUUGCUUCUGGUUCCUGUUUUGGUUUGGUCCUCUUCACCAAAGUUAUUCUAUAUCAUUGUCCAAAAAAACUACUGGUUUUCCAGAAAACCCAAAUGUUUUGGAUUUAUCUCAAAACAGCAGAAAGGAGCUUAGUCGUUCCAAAAGGAGCUGGAUGUGGAAUCAGUUCUUCCUUCUGGAGGAAUACACAGGCUCUGAUUAUCAGUACGUCGGCAAGCUUCAUUCUGACCAGGAUAAAGGAGAUGGUUCACUCAAGUACAUCCUUUCUGGAGAUGGAGCAGGGGACCUGUUCAUCAUCAAUGAAAACACUGGAGAUAUCCAGGCCACGAGAAGACUUGAUAGAGAAGAGAAGCCUGUUUACAUUCUUCGUGCUCAGGCUAUCAACAAAAAGACUGAGAGACCCGUGGAACCAGAAUCAGAAUUUAUCAUUAAGAUCCACGAUAUCAAUGACAAUGAGCCCCUGUUUACAAAGGACAUUUACAAUGCCAGCGUCCCAGAAAUGUCUGAUGUAGGUACAUUUGUCAUGCAAGUCACUGCAACGGAUGCCGAUGACCCUACAUAUGGGAACAGCGCUCGAGUUGUCUACAGUAUUCUUCAAGGGCAGCCAUAUUUUUCUGUUGAGUCUGAGUCAGGUAUCAUCAAAACAGCUUUGCUGAACAUGGAUCGAGAAAACCGGGAGCAGUACCAAGUAGUCAUCCAAGCCAAGGAUAUGGGAGGCCAGAUGGGUGGAUUAUCAGGAACCACCACGGUGAACAUCACACUGACUGAUGUCAAUGACAAUCCACCCCACUUCCCCCAGAGUGCCUAUCAAUUCAAAAUCGUGGAAUCUGCACCCCUUAAUUCACCAAUUGGACGGAUAAAGGCUAAUGAUGCGGAUGUGGGUCCAAAUGCUGAGAUGGAAUAUAGUGUUCUUGAAGGGGAUGGCUCGGAAAUGUUUGGGAUUACAACAGACAAGGAAACGCAAGAAGGCAUUGUUAUUGUAAAAAAGGCUUUGGAUUUUGAAAAGCGGAGACAGUUUACUCUGAAAGUGGAAGCUAGCAAUCCUCAUGUGGAUCCCAGAUUCCUCUAUCUGGGACCUUUCAAGGACAUUACUACUGUCAGAAUUCAAGUAGAGGAUGUAGAUGAACCUCCAAUCUUCAGCAGACCAGCUUAUAUAUUAGAAGUAAAAGAAGAUGUCUCAAUAAAUACCGUCAUAGGAGCUGUUACAGCCCGGGAUCCUGACAGUGCAAAGAACCCCAUCAAAUAUUCUGUGGAUCGGCAUACUGAUAUGGACAGAAUAUUCAACAUUGAUUCUGGAAAUGGAUCGAUAUUUACUUCCAAACCUCUCGACCGAGAAAUGUUAUUGUGGCAUAAUAUUACAGUAAUAGCUGCUGAAAUCAACAACCCAAAAGAAAGCAGCCAAGUCCCGGUAUUUAUAAAAGUCCUGGAUGUGAAUGACAACGCCCCAGAGUUUGUCAUGUUUUAUGAGACCUUCGUCUGUGAAAAUGCAAAAGCCGAGCAGGUUAGCAUUUUUCUCAUCCAGACUCUAAGUGCAGUUGACAAAGAUGAUGCUUUUGGUGGGCACAAAUUCUCAUUCACUUUGGCCCCAGAAGUAGCCAGUAGCUCCAAUUUCACCCUUCGGGACAACAAAGAUAACACAGCUGGAAUCUUCACAAAGAAAAUGAGAUAUAACCGUCAUGAAAUGAAUAUGUACCUCCUACCAGUGAUAAUCUCAGACAAUGAGUAUCCAGUUCAGAGUAGCACAGAGACGGUGACAAUUCAAGUGUGUGCCUGUGACCAAAGAGGCAAAAUGCUGUCCUGUAAUGCUGAAGCACUGAUCCACCCAACUGGCCUUAGCACAGGCGCAUUGAUCGCAAUUCUCCUUUGUAUAAUUAUAUUGUUAGUUACCGUGGUGCUGUUUGCGGCUCUGAGACGGCAAAGGAAGAAAGAGCCUUUGAUCAUCUCUAAAGAGGACAUCCGAGAUAACAUUGUCAGUUACAAUGACGAAGGUGGUGGAGAAGAGGACACCCAAGCCUUUGAUAUUGGCACGCUGCGGAAUCCUGAAGCCAUAGAGGACAAUAAAUUGCGCCGAGACAUUGUGCCAGAAACGCUGUUCAUGCCACGCCGGACUCCAGUGGUACGAGACAACACUGAUGUCAGAGAUUUUAUUAGCCAAAGGUUAAAGGAGAAUGAUACAGAUCCAACUGCACCCCCUUAUGACUCAUUAGCUACAUAUGCAUAUGAAGGCAGUGGCUCAGUGGCUGACUCUCUUAGCUCUUUAGAGUCGGCGACUACAGAUGGGGACCAGGACUAUGAUUACCUCAGUGACUGGGGACCUCGUUUUAGGAAGUUGGCCGAUAUGUAUGGUGGUGAAGAGAGUGAUAAAGACUCCUAA